GCACUUAACUAUGAGGGGUCUGUUCGUUUACUCCCACCACAUUCGGUUCGAACUCUUUUGACAUCUACAUUACAGCUUUUGUGUCACCUGUUGCAUCCUUGGGUUUUUCGAGAGUUUAUCUACUGCCAAUCCGGCUCCCUCUUCUGCCACCCCCCUGCUGCCGAGAUGCAUCGAUUCAAGAUGGAGGUCCUUACAGCCAUUGCUACAUGGGCAAUCACCUCUGCAAGCCUAAACGUUCCUGUCGCGCGUCAGCUCCUUGGAGGCAUCUGCCCAAGAGACACGGCCGAGCUCGGUGACAGGCUGUCACCUGCUGCAAAGGUUUACCAGCCGGGCACCGUUGAGUUUACAAACGCAUCGAUCCGGUGGUCUAAUCUCCACGCACCCAAGCCAAACCUCGUCGUGAUUCCUGGGACUGAGAACGAUGUUGCAGAAACGGUCAAGUUCGCCAACGAGAAGAACAUGCCCUUCCUUGCGUACAAUGGCGUGCAUGGAGCUAUCACUACUCUGGGCAAGAUGGAGAGCGGUAUCGAAAUCUACCUGUCCCAGCUGAGCGGGGUCGAGAUGGCAGCAGACGGGACAACAGCCAAGAUUGGUGGUGGCACCGGGUCCAAGCUCGUCACUGACACACUCUGGGAGGCCGGAAAGCAGACAGUCACGGGAACUUGCGAGUGCGUCAGCACUCUCGGGCCUGCUCUCGGUGGUGGCCAUGGAUGGCUUCAGGGCCACCACGGCUUGGUCGCCGAUCAGUUUGUAUCCAUGAACAUUGUGCUAGCUGAUGGUACCUUACAGUCCAUUAAUGAGACCUCGGACCUCUGGUGGGCUGUCAAGGGCGCUGGCCAAAACUUUGGUAUCGUGACCUCCGUCAACGUCAAGGUCUAUGAUAUCGAGCACAGCGACUGGGCAGUUGAGACGUUCAUCUUCGGCGGGGAAAAGGUCGAGGAAGUCUACCAAGCUGCGAAUGAGCACCUCGUCAAGAAUGGUACCCAGGCUGCUGAAGUUAUCAACUGGUCUUACUGGCUCAACAACCCCGAUGCCGACCCCGAGAAUCCCAUCAUUCUUUUCUGGGUCAUCCAGGAGGGUGUCACCUCCGUCGACUCUGUGUAUACCCAGCCCUUCCGGAACAUCGGACCUAUCUCCGCCACUCCGGAGUCCGGAACCUACCUCGACCUCGCCACAUGGACGGGUAUUGCUCUGGACUCCAUCCCCUGCCAAAAGGUUGGCUUGAACAACCCUCGCUUCCCUAUUUAUGUUGAGUCAUACAACAUUGAGGCUCAACGCAAGGCAUACGAUCUCUUCGCGUCUUCUAUCAAGGGCAACUCACCGUUCAACAACUCUCUCUUCAUGUUUGAGGGUUACUCGAACGAGGGUGUGAAGGCCAUUGAGAGCGACUCGACCGCCUUCGCCUAUCGUGGCGACAAUCUUCUCUUCGCGCCUCUCAUCACUUACUUGCCCAACGGAACUGAACUCGAUCAGAAGGCCGCCACACUCGGUAACCAGCUGCGGGAUAUCAUUCAUGAAGGGAGUGGUCGCACUGAGCAGCACGUCUACCUGAACUAUGCCUUCGGUGACGAGACCCCGAAGGAAUGGUACGGUAGCGAGCAAUGGAGACAAGAGCGUCUCCAGUCUCUGAAGACCAAAUAUGACCCUAACGGCAAGUUCAGCUUCUACGGUCCCAUUGCGUAG